AAGAGUAAGAGCAUCUGUCUGAGCAAGUCAGCUGGUGCCCAUGUUAUAAUUUUUGCUCUGCGACGCUGUCACCCUAACUUUCCAUUAGCUCUCCGUGGUGUUUAUACGUGCGUGAGUUUGGGAGAAUCUCAAGGACUCCCACAGUGCUGUGGGGAAUUUUUGGUGGCUGAAUUGCACGCAGCAAAAUUCAGUGAAUUGAGUUUGAUUGACAAAAAAUGGCAACAAGAGAUGAUCUAGAUGGUGAUGUAGAUGCAUUAAUUAAAGCAGAUCCAUGUAAUUUGGAUGGGAAUGAUGAUACACCGACAAAACACAGCAAAAUUUGUCGUGAUUUCCAAAAAGGCAACUGCAGAAGGAAAUUCUGUCGCUAUCCACAUGUAAUGGCUCCGGAAAUGGUGGUGUUCUGCCAUGACUAUCAGAACCAAAGUUGCAAUCGCAUCAAUUGCAAAUUCCUCCAUUAUACGCUGCAAGAGGAGGAGUACUACAGACGCUUUGGGGAAUUCCCAGCGGUGUGUGAUGAUGAUUCAGGGCCACAUCCGCAUUUUGGUGGUGGCCAGAGACGUGCACGCAUGUUCAGGCCACCCCCACUGCAUGAAGGUCCACCAAAGAGGCCAGCUGAUGACAUUCAGUCACAUGGAUCUUGUCGUUUUAAACGCUUCCGCGAUGACGACACCCCAGAUGUUUAUGCUGCUUUGCGACGCAUUGAGGAGGAUGCCGCCAUGAUGCGUCGUCGUGUGGAGGCGAAUGAGAUGAAAAUAGCUGAAUUGCGUGCCAGCAAUGAAUUCCUGUUGGCACAAAUGCGACUCACCUCGCAGUGUUCACGUGUCGUGAACUCCGUCACGAAUACAACAUCAACACAACCACCAGCACAGGCGGCUCAGGUAUUGAGUGCUGUAUCCAUGGCACCUGUGCAGGUGCAAGCGACCCCUAUUGUCAGUAUGGCAGCACCACAGACACAAAUAAUUGCCAGCAGUGGGCCACCUAUUAUUGCCGCCAAUACAUCGCAGGGGCAACAGCUGGCUAUUGCUGCUGCCCAGCAGACAUUGAGUACAUCGGCACCGCCACUGGGGCCACCACACGCCCCCCAGAUACUUAGUACGUCGCAAAUUACGCUGGCUCCAGCCCUGCCGGCACCAUCGAUGGGACUCACCAUUAAUACAUCGCAAGCACUGGCCAUGUCCAAUGCAACGCAACCCAUUAUCUCAUACCCCGUCAUGACGCACUCUAUUCUUCCGCACUGAACGGUGAUUGCUUGAAAAAUGAAAAGAAAAAAUCCUCAUAUAACAAUAAAACACUUUAUUCCCCUAGAAAA